UUUGUGUGGAGCUCUGUGGAGGAGGGGAGGAGGGAACAGUUAGUGGGAGGUGGGAGGCCCACAGUGGGGCUCCUGCACUUCUCAAGAAGGAGACGAAGCAGUCGGCGGGAAGCGGGGAAAGAGGAGGAUAUGGCCACGGGAGAAAUCACAACACUUCCCUCCACACCUGAAGACGGCGGCAGCGGCAGCUUUCCUCCCGGGGCCUUUAAGGAUCCCAAAAGGCUGUACUGUAAAAACGGAGGCUUCUUCCUGCGGUUAAAGUCUGACGGGGGGGUGGAUGGAAUCCGGGAGAAGAACGACUCCCACAUAAAGCUUCAGCUCCAGGCGACCUCAGUGGGCGAGGUGGUCAUCAAAGGAGUCUGUGCUAAUCGCUAUCUGGCGAUGAACAGAGACGGACGACUGUUUGGAGCGAGACGAGCAACAGACGAAUGCCACUUCUUAGAGCGGCUCGAGAGCAACAACUACAACACCUACCGCUCCAGGAAGUACCCCCACAUGUACGUGGCUCUGAAGCGCACGGGUCAGUACAAGUCUGGAAGCAAAACUGGACCGGGUCAAAAGGCCAUUCUUUUUCUUCCAAUGUCGGCCAAGUGCUAACCUGGGAUCUUAUUAACGUCUCAGUGGCAGCAACGAGGAAGAAGAAGAAGAAGAAGAAGAAGAAGAUGUGACGCAAUGAAGACAAAGUGUUCCAUCAACGUAGCUGUGAUGCUUUGUGACUGUUACAUCCUGAACAUGUCCGUCUCACACGUUCAGCAGCAAGAUGUCAGACCUAUAGAGGAACAUGCGUCCUUCAUAACAAGGUUACACAUUAAGACAAUGCACUCACAUCCUACAUGAUUAGAACUUGAUGAGAGAGAAAGGAUUUAACUAAAUAACUUCAUUUUAUUAGCACACUAAAAAUCCAAAACCCAACGUAUAGAUCUUUGAUUAUCAUUCUACACUCGUCAGUGUCUGUGUCCCCCCCCUGUAACUCAGCUGCUUGCAUCAGAUGAACCGUAUACAAGUGGUUCCCUUUAGAACCCAGACAGUGAAUGUUCGCAUGUACCAUAUCUCAAAGUGUGAAGAACAAACCCCACAAACAGAAUUCCAGUCAUAAAAACACUUUUAAAUAGUAAUACUGACGAGCGCGUGCCAACACAGCGAGCUGCGGCACGGUUACCCCCGUCAGGUGGAUGGUGGCGUGGGAGGAAGCUGCCUGUGGUACAGCUGGUAAAACUUCCCGGAGUAGACGGCAGGAAGCUCCUCCAUGGCGAGGUCGAUCUGGUCGAAGCCUCGCUCCAGGCCGUGCAGCAGAAGCCUGGCCACGCGGGAGCUGAUGGGGGUCGUGUCGUUGGUCUCGGCCAGCUCGGCGAGGUCCAGCCACUCGCAGCGCAGACACUCCUGAGUGCAGAAGUCGAUGUCGUAGGUGAGAGGGCGGAGUCGGCAGAUGAUGUACAUGUCCGACAUACCGAAGGCGCCGGGGUGCUCGUGCUGCUGCCGGACGCUGAGCAGAGAUCUGAACUCGGAGUGAACGCCGGUUUCUUCAAAGACUUCACGGACGGCGGUCGCACCUGAGAAAAGAUUCAUUACAACAUUAACACGUGUACGGGGGGGGGGGGGUCAACAUGUUGCAUCUCCUACAGAACAUUAAAGCUGCUUCUAAACAUGCAAAGGAAAGAAAAGGUGGAUUUGGAGAAACAUAUAAUUAUUUGCAUUUAUGAAAACGAAAGUAUCGUCUGUAAGUAGAACAGGACGCACUGUACGAGCGUGACACUCACCGAUGUUUUCUCCUGGAUCAGACAAACCCCCGGGGAACUUCCACGCAUUCCUCGUCUGAAAUACAAAAACACUUGUGACGGAUGUAAUGCAUCUGAACUGAUGAUUCAACAUGUUUAAUGCUGUUAAUGAUGUUUUAGAUUUAGUGCUUCUCUCUGAAGCGUGUCUUCAAAACCUGUUUCACCACUUUGAUAUUUAAUAACAGUAUGCUGCUGGUUAAAUUAUAACGUGUGUGUGUGUGUGUGCGCGUGUGUGUGUAUUUUUGUAGUUACGUGAAGAAUUUUGUAUGCCGUGCUUUUUUUCUUUCUUCAAGAAAUGCUAUUUCAUCUUCAUCUUGUUUUGCAAACCCUCCCUUUGUGAGGAACACUCUUGUAUUUCCAUGCAGCGUCAACAGAAGAUAUAUUUUUGGAGCUGUUUCUGUUUUGUGCUGGUGAAGCAGAAAUAAAGAGAUUUUGUGUAA